AUGGUUCUUCAAUGGCACAUUGGCUUUCCUGUCAUCCUGAAACUCUUGUUGGCGAUAACGAUCUGCCUCAUUUUGUACUUUAGCCAACAUCCUGCACUUGACAGAUUCGACCAUCGCAUAUCGAACCUCGACCUGUCCCUUAAGCUUCCCAAGGGCGGUCUCAAUUUCGGUAACAAGAGCGACCAUCAUGGCUUCUACUCCUCCGAUGCUGCUGCCAAGUUUUGCAAGCACCACGGUUACCCCGUCUUCACUCCCCAGUCAGAGACCGGCCAGCGAAAGGUAUAUGACCUGUUCAUGGUCAACACAGAGCUCGACUGGAUGGAAAUACGCUUGAAUUCUACCUACAACUACGUUGACUACUUUGUCAUCGUUGAGUCUCCAAAGACUUUUACUGGCAGGCCCAAGCCGCUCACGAUCAAGGAGAACUGGGACCGGUUCAAGCCUUACCACGACAAGCUCAUCUACCACGAGCUCGAAUUCCCGUCAGAUUUCAAUCCGAGAAGGUCAUGGGACUACGAAGACUUACAGCGCAACGCCAUGUACACCCAAGUGUUGCCUAGGCUCGUCGGAAAGCAGGCUCCGGUAUACGGGGACGUUAUCCUCGUCGCCGACGUUGACGAGAUUGCUCGACCGGAGACACUAUUGCUACUGCGAACGUGCCAAUUCCCCCGUCGCCUCACCUUGCGUAGCCGGUUUUACUAUUACAGUUUCCAGUUCCUCCACACGGGACCUGAGUGGGAACACCCGCAAGCCACUUACUACCAGGGCUCACGCACGCUCCUGCCGGCGAACCUCCGAAUGGGAGAUGGGGGCUUCAAGCCGCUUUACGACCUCGAGAAGGCGAAUCUCGGGAACGCCUGCUGGCACUGCUCUAGCUGCUUCGCCACCGUCGAUGAGUUCCUCACCAAGAUGUCGUCCUUCUCCCACGAGUGGAUGAAUGGCGAGAGGUUUCGAAACAAGGACCGUAUAGCGGACGCCAUUAGGAACGGAAAAGACCUUUGGGGCCGAGACGUUGACCAAUUUGUGCGCCUCGAAAAUAAUACAGAUAUGCCGAGUAUUCUGCUGGAUGAGCCGGAAAAGUUUGGUUAUAUGGUAAAUAGGGAUGGGCCUUCAGCUGGGUUUACCGACUACCCAUGA